CGUCGGCAGAAUUCCAUAUUUUCGUUGCGGUUGUAUCCACGCGGCGUCGGAGUCGUCGGAUCAUCGUUGGAGACGCGGGAGCGUCCUUUCGUCUCAUACCGCGUGGUGCUUUGUGAAUUUGUGCUAACUUUAAUUUUACCAGUAAUUGACCAGCUAGGAUACAAUGGCAGAUAACGAUGAUCUUUUGGAUUAUGAGGAUGAAGAGCAGACUGAGCAGGUAGUCGACGGAAGCGGAGAUAUUCCUGCUAAGAAGGAAGUCAAGGGCACAUAUGUGUCUAUCCACAGCAGUGGAUUCAGAGAUUUCCUUCUCAAGCCAGAAAUUCUACGCGCUAUUGUCGACUGUGGCUUUGAACAUCCAUCUGAAGUACAACAUGAAUGUAUUCCUCAAGCUGUUCUUGGCAUGGAUAUCUUGUGUCAGGCAAAAUCGGGUAUGGGUAAAACAGCAGUUUUUGUAUUAGCUACUCUUCAACAACUUGAAUGGACGGAGAACCAAGUCUAUGUCCUAGUGAUGUGUCAUACUCGAGAAUUGGCUUUUCAAAUCAGUAAGGAAUACGAGAGGUUUAGCAAGUACAUGCAACACGUAAAGGUUGGUGUGUUCUUCGGAGGUUUACCUAUCCAGAAAGACGAAGAGGUCCUGAAAACUGUGUGUCCUCAUAUUGUUGUCGGCACUCCCGGUCGUAUCCUCGCUCUUGUACGAAACAAAAAACUGAAUCUGAAACAUUUGAAACAUUUUAUACUUGAUGAAUGCGAUAAGAUGCUUGAGUUAUUAGAUAUGCGCCGGGAUGUGCAGGAAAUAUUCAGAAGCACACCGCACAGCAAACAAGUCAUGAUGUUUAGUGCCACGCUGUCCAAGGAUAUACGUCCUGUCUGCAAAAAGUUCAUGCAAGAUCCCAUGGAGGUCUAUGUCGAUGACGAGGCGAAGCUCACUUUGAACGGUCUCCAGCAGCAUUAUGUUAAAUUGAAGGAGAAUGAGAAGAACAAGAAGUUAUUUGAACUACUUGAUGUUCUUGAGUUUAACCAGGUUGUGAUAUUUGUGAAGUCUGUACAAAGAUGUAUGGCUUUAGCCCAACUCCUGACGGAGCAAAAUUUUCCUGCGAUUGGGAUUCACCGGGGUAUGACGCAAGAAGAGCGAUUAUCUCGAUAUCAGCAAUUCAAAGAUUUCCAAAAGCGUAUAUUGGUGGCGACAAACCUGUUCGGACGCGGCAUGGAUAUAGAACGGGUGAACAUUGUAUUCAACUAUGAUAUGCCAGAGGAUUCUGACACAUACCUGCACAGAGUAGCACGCGCUGGUCGUUUUGGUACAAAGGGUCUUGCCAUUACAUUAGUGAGCGAUGAAAGUGACGCCAAGAUAUUGAAUGAUGUUCAAGAGAGGUUUGACGUAAAUAUUACAGAAUUACCGGACGAAAUCGAUCUCGCUUCAUACAUUGAAGGACGAUGAAUUAAAAUGCACUAAGUCACAAUAUAAUAUUUUUUAAGUAACUUCUUAUUCCACCUAAUAUUAAAAUAAAGAUGGGCACCAAAUAAAUAAGUAUGCAAAAGAAAUGUAAGAAAUGCAUUCACUAUAAGAAACGUGUUUUGUAUAAUUUAUCAGUUAUUUUCAACGAUAUUAAACAAUAAAUAUGACGUAUCGUGUUAUAACGAGCUAGACGACUAAUAAACUGCUAUUGAUAAAAAUGUACAUUAUAUUAUUCCGUUAGAAAAUAAGUGUUAUGUAAAGUAGAUCUUGAACAAACUCAAAAUCCUGUAAGAAUGUGGCGACCAAAAUAAAAACAUCUUUUUAUGAA